AUGGAAUAUAAUGUUAAAAAAUUUACAAAUUAUAAAAAUUCUCUAAACAAUGAAACUAUUUCAAAGAGAAACUUAAGUAUAACUGAAAAGAAAAAUGAAAAAAAUAAAAGUAUAUUAUCGCACGAAAAUGUGUAUUAUUCUAAAUAUAAAAAUGUAUUUAAUUCUGGUAAUAAUAAAUUUUCAUAUAAUUUAAAUAAUUGUAAGGAUAAAAAUAAUUUAAAAGACACAAAGGGUAAAGAUUAUAUAGAAAAUUCAGAAAACAUAAACAAUUCGUAUAAGAAAAAUGAUUCAGAUAAUUUAAGAAAUAAAAAUUAUAUAAGUAUAUUAAAAAAUAUUGAUAGUAAAAAUAAGAAUAUCACAUAUAAAAGAAAAUCAAUUUUUGAGGAAAAAAAGCAAAAUGAACAAAAUAUCAACAUAAAAAAAAAAUAUAUAGAAAAUGAUAAGAAAGUUAAUGAACUUAAUAAAGUGGAAAAUGUAAAUUUAGAAAAAAAUAAAAACAUAGAAUGUUUUAAUUCAAUUAAUGAAUUUAAUGAAUUAAAAUCAGUCGCAACACAUUCAGAAAAAAUAGAAACUCUAAAACUAAAGAGUACUAUUAAAAAUAAUAAUGAAAAAUUUUUACGUAUUAGAAAAGUAUGGGCUAAUUUAAAAAAUAAUAAUAAUGAAUCAAAAUUUAAAUUUAUAGAAAAACCUAUCUUUGAUAAAAAAGAUAAAAAAAUACCUAUAAAUGAAAGCAUAAAUAUAAAUAACAAAAAUAGUACAUUAAUUGGAAUUGAUAAAACGAAAAAUGAAACAACACAUAAUGAAAAUAAGAAAAUAAUUCCCAAAAUAUCUCUUAUUAAAAAUAAUAAAAAAAAUCAAAUAUAUAAUGAGAUAAAACAAAAUCAUAUGUCUAGUAAAAUUCUAAAAAAUAAAAUUGAUGAAACUAUUGGUUCAGAAACUGAUAACAUAAAAAAGAAUGUUAUAAAUUUGAAAUUGAAAGAAAUUAAUAAGCCUUCAUUAUUAAGUAUUAAUAAAAAGGAAAAAAGUAUAAACAAAUUUACUAGAUUUUCACCUAAAUAUCUCUUAAAUAAUUCUAAGUCUUCUUUUAAAAAAAAAACAACUAAUUCAAUGUCUAACGAAAAAUUUCAUGAAGAUCUUAAAAAGAUUUUAAUUAACACAAUUAUAAAUCCUCAAAAAGAAAAAAAUAUGUCAGAUCAACUUUUUCCAAAAAAUACAUAUGAAUUUUCUAAAAGAGGAAAUAUUUCUUUAAAUAAAAGUAAUUUAAUUAAUAAAGAAAAUCCUGAAAGUGCUAUUAAAAAUGUUUUCUCUAAAAAUUCAAUAAACAUAAAAGAAAAAAUACCAUUAAUAAAAAAUCAAAAUAAUUUUGAUACAAAGCAAAAGAUAAUUAGAAGAUUUUCUACAGUACAUGAUAGCCAACGUUUUAUUUUUAAUAAAAAUAAUUUUACGAGAAGAUUUAGCAUUUCGAAUGAUGAAGAAAAAUAUGUAACAAAUAAUAAAAGUAACUUAAUUCAUGAUAAGCUUAAAUUGAAUUCUGGUGAUAAUAAGUUAAAAUAUGAAAAAAGUAUCCAAUUAAAAAAGAUUCAAAUAAAUAGUAGCCUGAAUUGUCCAAGUAGUGUAAAUGAUAAAGAUAAUUAUGAAUCUAAUAUAUUAUAUAAACAUAUUAAUAAUAUAGGAGAAAGCAAAAAUAUUUUAAGAGGGAGAGAAUCUGCUUAUGUUAAGAAUUUUCCAUUAUUAAAUAAAAGAAAUAUUACACUAGAAAGUACUAAAAAAGAAAACAAAGUGAAUAAAUCAAAAAAUUUGGAAAAUAAAAAUGAAUUAUUAUCAAACAUACCGAAAAAAUUAAAUACGUUAAAUUUACCAAUAAGAAAAAUGAAUGUUUCAAAUAUAAAUAAAGAAUGCUCUUUUCUUAAUAGAAAUUUUAAAACAAAUAUAUAUAAAAAUUACAUUCAUUUAAAAGAAAAUAUUAAUAUUAAAUCAAAAAGUAAAUUGAAAGAAAAUUCAAAAAAAAAUUCUUCAUCUGUUAAUAAAAUUGUAAUAAAAAAUAAUUCAAGCAUAUCUAAUAAUUCCUUAAUUAAGGAAAAAAAUAACUUAUUAAAAAAUAAAAUAUAUAUGCAAUAUAAUAAUAAGGAAAAUUUAAAGUUAGGUGAUAAUAUUAAAUUGAAUAGAAAUAACAUUAAUGAAAAUUAUUUAAGAAAUAAUGAUCAAAUAACGGAAAAAGAAAGUAAAAAAUAUAAUGAAAACAAAGAUUAUUCUCAACCAAAAACUAAUUUACAUGAAGAUAAACUUUAUAAAACUUGUUUUUAUGAAGAUAUAUUAACUAAUAAAGAAGAGAUUCAAGAUGAUUCUAUGAUAUUAUUAAAAAAUAAUUUGAGUGAGGGAAAUGAUAAAAUUAAGAGCAUACCUAAUUUAAACAAUGAAUAUGAAAAACUGUCUAAUUUGAAUUCUAAUAAUUACAAUUCAAAUGAGAAAUAUGUAUCAGAGGAUAUUUUACUGCAUACAAAAACAAAAUAUAUAUCCUCUAUAAAAAUAAAAAAAUCUAAUAACCAUAAUGAACAAAAAAUAAUUGGAAAUAAACUUAUAUUUUAUAAUAAUAAGAAUAAUUGUGAAGAUAACUAUAAUAAUGAAAAAUAUUUUUCUCUAAAAGGAGAAGAAAAAUCUAUAAAACAUUUAAAAUUUGACGAAUUAGAAAGCAAUUGUAAAGAAUACAACAAUGAUAAUAAUUUAAAAAAAAAAGUAAAUCUUCAAUUUAGCAAGGAAAAUAUUUCAUCAAGUAAAAAAAUUACAAAUAUACUUGAUGAUAAAAGAAUAAAUGAAAAUUCACAAUAUGAUGAAAACAUAGAGAAUACAUUUAUAGAUAACACAGAGAAAAAAAAUAAGCAAAUGAAUACUAGUAAAAAUUUCUAUAAAUUAAAUAUAGAUAACGAAAUCUUACAUGAUGAUAAAUUAAAAAACAAAAUAAAUGAAAAUUAUUCAAUUUCUAAGAAAAAUAAUGAAACAUGUGAAUACAUUAACAAUGUUAUAACUGAAUAUAAGACUGAUCAAAUUAUUCAUAAAAAAGAAAUAGAAAAUAUUGAAAAUGAUAAUUUAGAAAUAUUAUGCCAUGAAAGCAAUAAUGAUGAAAAUAAACAUAAUGUGACUUCAUUUAUUCAUAAUGAUAAACAAAGAGAUGAACAUAAAUCAAUUAAAGAAAAUAAAGAAGAGAUAAAGAAUGAUAUGGGUAUAAAAAGAUGUAUAACGAAAAAUAUAAAUAGAGACAAAAUAAAAUUACAAACUAAUUCAAAUAAAGUUUUUGAUAUUACAAAAGAAAUAGAGGAACAAGAAACUUUAAUAAAUCUUACAAAUAAAAAAAAUAAACAUGAAACAGACAAUAUAUCACUCUUGAAUAAUGUAAAUUUAAGUGUUUUAAUGCUUUCAGAUAGUCAUAUAGAAUACUCUGAUGUCAUAUAUGGUAAAAAGGAAAAAUCAAAUAUAUACAAUGAAAAUGGAAAUAUAAAAGAAAAUAAAAAUGAUUUAAAUAAAAAAAAAAAACUAGAAAAAUUAAAUUAUGAAGAUGUUUUAACUUCAAAAAAGGAUCAUAUAAUAAAUUAUGAAAAGUGGGAAUAUUUAAAAGAAAAAAAAAAUAAGGAUUUUAUUAAAUUUAAUAAAAAUAACAGUGACAUGGAAAAUGCUGAGAAGGAUAUGGAAAUAAAAAAAAGUAAAAGUUUGAUUAUAAAAAAUGACUGCAAAAAAAUGAAUAAAUAUAAAUAUGAUUAUUCUGAUAAAAAGGAUGAAGGAAAAAAAAAAAUUAAUUAUAUAUCAAAUAACAAUAAAAUAGGAACCAACCAACAUAUAGAAAAGAAGAAAAAAGAAAAUAUUAUUUUAGAAAAUGAAAAUCACAUAAAGAGUGAAAGAUAUUUAAAUUUAAAUAAUAUAUCUAAAAGAUCUCUUUCAAAUAAAUUCCUGAAUGAAGAAAAGAAAAAAAAUGCAAAAUAUAAUUUCUAUUUAAAAUUUAAAAAUAAUUAUAACCUUAGUGUUAAUAAGAUAAAAACAAAAAAUUUAAAGAAAAGAAGAAUAAAUAAAAUAUAUGACAAUAUAUUUCAUUUAAAUGAUGAAGAAAAAAAUAUAGAUAAUGAAUCUCAAGCCAAUAUAAAUUUUCAUAGAAAAUAUGACAAAAAAAAAAAAAAUGUUAAAAAAAGAAAAAUUGAAAAAUUUUCAAAUGUUAAUUUAAAUCAUUUAAAAAAGAAAGAAAAAGAAAAAUUAAAUAAUCCUUCUGAAGGAUAUAGUAUUGAAGAAAACAAUGAAAUGGAAUACACUAAAAACUACAAAACAACUGAUGAAGAAAAAAAAAAUAUCUUAAAAAAUAGUCAUAUAUUAGAUAAUGAAACGUAUUAUUGCAAUAAAAAGAAAAUUAAUGAUUUAGUUAAAAUUGAAGAACAUAAUUAUGAAGAGAAAAAAGUAAAAAUAUCAGAAGAAUGUGAACAAUUAGAAGAAAAUUUAGAGAAAAAUAAAAAUAUAUUUUUUUAUGAGCAUGAGUGGAUGAACAUAAUUUUCCAAAUUAUAAAUAAUGAUAAAUUUUAUUUAGCAGAAAAAUUGAUGAUUUUAAUUUUUGAAAAAGAAGAAUCGUUAUACAAGUCAUUCAUAGAAAAAAAAAGGUCAAAAGAGAAAAAUAAAAAUGAUUAUAAUGAAAAUCAAACAGAUGAAAAUAAUAUCAAUAAAAAUGUGAAUAAAAUAAAUAGGGAAUUGUCUGAUUUUAUGAAGCAAAUUGUGAACAGUUGUCCAGAAGAAUGGCCACUAUUAGAUAUAGCUAUUCUAAUUAUAGUUUCACAAAUAGUUUGCUUUAUUUUUAUUUAUAAUAAAUGGAAUUUUUUUUGUGAAAGUUGCAGAAUAUUUGAAAAACAUUGUAUUGCUAUUUUAUUAAAUUCAUCAAUAAUUAAUUUUAAAAAAAAUGAUAACACAAUGCUUAUGUUUGAACAUUUUUUUUUUUAUAAAAUUAUUAUACCUAAGAAUUAUAAACCAUCUAAUAAUACUUUAAAAUAUCAUACAAAUUAUUUAAAAAAUGAUUAUCUAAUUAAAGAAAAAACUAUUUUAGAUGUAAUUUUUUUGGCAUUAGCUUGUUAUAUUACUAUUAGCCAUAAUUUAAAUGAAUAUAUAGAAAAAAAUAAUAUCAUAUGUUAUUUAAAUGUAUUUCAUAAAAAUUUUGAUAAAAAGGAGAGAUUAAAAGAUGAAGAAAAUAGAAAAACAAGUAAAAGAAAAAAAUGCAAAUUGUUAAUGAAUAAAUGGGGUUCUACCAAUAGUAAAAAAAUAAAAUACAGAUUUUCAGAAAAUUUACACAAAAAUAAAUUAAAAAUAUAUAAUGAUAACAAGAAAAAAAGAAGAAAAACUUAUUUUGAACAAAAUUUGAGAAAAAGGAUGAGUAUACUAAGAACAACAAAAUGUAUAAACAAAAAAGAGAAUAAUAAAAAAAAAAAUAUUCACUUAAAAAAAAUAUGUACAUAUAAGGAAGAGAAUAUUAUUAAUGAUAAUUCUAAAGCAACAGAAAAUUAUUUAGAAAAUGAAUCAAUCAUUAACAAUGAUAAAGAAGAUAAAACAGAUAAAAUAGAAAAUUCUCAAAUAAGUAACAAUAUAAAUAAUUUUGUUUUAUUUAAAAAUAAUAAAAUUGAUACAAUUGUAAAAUAUCAGACAAAAACAAAUUUUGAAAAAUUGUUGUGCUUAAUAAUAAUAGAAAUUUUUAAUUUAAUUUACGACAGUAGAGAAUAUUCAGUUGAGAAUGUUUUAAUUAUAAGAAAAUUCUUUCGUGUAUUUCUAAAUUUUGCUCAAAAAAAAUUUAUAUCUAUAUCUAUUCAUUUACAUUUUUUAAAAAGAAAUGAAAUAAAAAAAAAUUACAAAGAAGAAAAGAAUCAUGAAAAUAAUAAAAUAAAACAAACAGAAAAUGAUACAAAAAACAUAAAUGAAAAUUAUAAUGAAAAAAAUUAUAAAAAGGUAAAUAGUAAAAAUAUAAUUGAUAAUGAUAAUAAAUCGAAUAAUCUUAUACCACUGCCUAAUCAUAUAUAUGAUAAUUAUAAUAAUAUAUGGACAUGGGUGGAAAGAAUAUUUUCUGAGAAUUUUUAUGAAAUAAAUAAUAUGUUAUAUAAUUUGUGUUCAACUAAAAAAAAUAAUGUAGAAAAUAAUGAAAUAAACAUUAAUUAUGAAAAAAUAGAAUUAAUUAGCCAAAAUAUUAAAAGAUAUUCUUCUUUACAAAAACACAAUUGUUCUAUUUUAAAAAAUUAUUGGAUAAUUUUCGGCUUAAAAGAAAGAAUUAGCAGUAUAUGUUUAUCAUCAAAUUCUUUACUUUCUUAUCAUCAUUUUCCAAAAAAUUUUUUACAUAAAGAGAGUAUUACAAAAAAAAACAUUUUUUUUAAAUUAGAAAAAAAAGAUUUCAUAUAUGAUACACUUACUUUAUAUUUUUUAUCAUGGAUAGAAUGUAUUUGUAAAGUAUUUCUUUCAAUUAACGAAAUCCCAUCUUUCCUACACCUACAAAAUAAGAAAUAUUUCAUGAAUGAUAUAAUUAAUAAAAAUGAAAAUAAAUUAUCAUUAUUUAAUAUAUCGUUAAAAAAUAGUAGCUCUAACGAAUAUAUAGUCAAAUGUAAAGAGAAUGAUAAUAAUGAUUGUUAUGAACAAAAUGAAAAAGAAAAUAGUAGUUUUUUAUUAAAACAAAUUAAAACGAAGUUAAAAAUAUAUGAUAUACAGUGGCAUGAAAAGUAUGAAAAAAAAUAUUUGGAUUUAUUAAUAUGUAUGAAAAUAAUGAAAAAAAAAUUUAAACAAAAAAAAAUGUUCAAGAAAAUUAUGAAAUAUAAUAUAUCAUCUAUUUGGUUAAAUAAAAGCCAAAUUUAUUUACAAUAUAUUCAAAUAACAAUUAACUGUAAAUUUUUUUUAGGGUGUUCUUAUCAUGAGAUAUAUUUGUUUAUAAAAAAAAAUUAUGAACUUCUUAUUAACAUGAUAGAUCAUAAUGUAGAUGAAAAAAGAAAUUAUGAUGAAUGUACAAAUGAAAAAGGGAAAAAAAUUUAUAAUGAAGAUGAAAAUAAAUAUGCUUAUGAAAAUGAAAAUAUAAUUAGUGAAAAUAUUUUGUUAAUGGGUUGGGAAAUUGCGAAUUUUUACUUUUGUAUACUUUAUUUUAAACUAGAACUAAAAAGUAUUUUAAUAGAAAUAUUAAAAUGGAUAAAAUUUUUUGAAAAAAAUGGAAAAAAUUUCUAUGAUUUUUUUAAAUUUCGUUGUGUAACAUAUAUUUUACAUAUAUUUAUUUUUUCAAAUAAAUAUAAAUGUGCUCAAAAAAUAAUUAAACGUAUAUCUCAUGAUUAUUUUAAAUGUAACUUUUUAAAAAUGGGAUCUAAAAAUUUAUUAAGAAAUAAUAAUAAUGAUAAUUCUACCACUGCUGGUAAUAAUAAUUCUACCACUGCUGGUAAUAAUAAUUCUACCACUACUGCUAAUAAUAAUUCUACCACUGCUGAUAAUAAUAAUAUUAACAAUAAUAGUAAUAAAAAAUAUCCUAGAAGUAAUUUUCCAACAUCUGAAAAAAAAGAAUUAUAUUCUCAUAUUUUGAAUAAAUGUUAUUUAUAUGAUAAAUGGAUAAAUUUCAAAAUGAAAAAAUAUAAUAAUAUUAUUAUAUAUUUAUUAAAAAAGAAAAACAUUGUUAAAUUAAUUCAAUUUAAUAAUAAAAAUUUAAAUAUUCUUAUAAAAAAGAAAAAAGAGAAAAAAUUAAUAAGAAAAGUUAGUUUUAAAAUGGCAAAAUUACAAAAUAUAUUACUAUCACUUUACCAUCUAUGUAUCAAAUUAUAUAAAAGUUAUUAUUAUCAUUCGUCUAUUUUGCAUUAUGAUACUUCACAACAAAUUUUAGCUGCAUCUAAAUAUUUAAACAUUGUUAUAAAAAAAAAAGAAAUAAUAAUGAAUUAUUUUCCUUUAUAUUUUAAUAAUAAGAAAAAUAUAAAAAAAAAAAAUAUUAUAAAUGUUUCCAAUUCUUUUACAGAUUCUCAAAGUUUAUUAAGUGUAGAUAGUAUUUUUAAUGAAAGUGCAAAUUUAUUAAAAAUUCCUUCUUUAAAUAAUGAAGAAAAUAAUAAUUAUUUAUAUGAAAAUAAUAAAGAGUAUUUAAAAUCAAAUAUAGAAAAUAAUAUGAAUAAUAUAAAUAAUAAUGAAAAUAAUGAAAAUAAUAAUGAAAAUAAUGAAAAUAAUGAUUUAUUUUAUCUUCAUGCUCUUAUCCUUAGUAUACAGAUACAAUAUACAUUAUCUAUUUCAAUUAUUAUAUGUUCUGAUUUAUUUAAUUUUCCUAGAAAAUUGAAAAAAUUAAAAAAAAUUAAUAAAAAAAAUAAAAAUGUUCAAAAGGAUAAUUACAAAAUUUUAAAAUUUAUUUCUUCUUUAUUUAAUUAUAAAAUUCUCUGUAAACAUUAUAGAAUUAUAAACGGGAAUAAUUCUAACAAGGAUGAGAAAAAAAAAAAAAAAAAAAAAAAAAAAAUUAGUAACACUAAUAAUUUAUAUAAUGAUAUUAAUAAUAAUAAUUUAGAUAUUACUUAUUCAAAAAGAGAAAAUGUGGAUAACAAUUUUUUAUUUAGCGAAAUAAGUAAUAGUACAAGUAAAAUUUGUAAUAAUGAUUUUAUGUUACCAAAAGAAAAUAUUGACCAAAAGGUAAUGAAAGAAACAAAUAUUUCUUUAAGUGAUUUUAAUAAUAUAUUAGAUGAAGAAAAUAAUAGAUGUUAUAAUUCAGAUAUUAUUAUAUCAUCAAAAAAUAACUAUCAAGAAUUGAAUGAUAAAUUAUCUACUUUAAGUGAUUCUAUUUCACUUAGCUAUAAAAAUUAUAAGAAUUAUAUUUUAAAGAAAAAAAAGAAAUAUAACCACUCUAAUAAAUUAAAAAUAAAAGAUGAUAUGAACAUAAAAAAUAAUCUUCACAUUUUAAUAAAAAUUUCAACUUGGCUAAGUAAGAACUCUGCAUCUCAACUAAUAUGGAUAGCACAGAAAUUAUUUAAAAUGUAUCUACCUGAAUUACUAUGCAUUAUUUUAGCGCUUCAAGCAAAUAUGUUUAAGAAUAAAAAUAUUUUGACAAAUAUAAAACGAAUUGACAGAAUUUUGAAAUUAUGCUCAGAAAAUCCACAGUUAGUUUAUUUUGCUACAGAAUCAUUAAAAGGUUACAAAAAUAAAAAAAAUAUAAAGAAAUAUAAAAAUUAUUUUGAGAUAAAUAAGAAAUAUAAAGAAAUAUUUUUGAAAAAAAAAAAAGACAUAAUUAAUUCAGAAGACAUUUUAUAUAAAGUCUGUAGUUAUUUUUUUAAUUAA